AGCUUACUUGCAAACCUGUUCAGCUUGAAGCUGACAGCAUCGUUAGAGGAGAGGUAAAACAAAUAAGUGGUGCAGUUUUCACAAUGCUCUUCCAGUGUUCAUGUUGUUAUAAGUUGCAGAGUUCUUGACAAGGUAACAGUUAAAAACACCCUCUUCCACAACUUCCAAGAUGGAGGAGAUCAUGAUGAAUCCAACAGACUUCCCAAAUGCCGCCACUGCUGACAGCAAUCUCCUCCUCCUCCUCCUAAACAACAUCAGCAGCACCAAUGCCACCCUAAAUGCCACCGUGCGCUCACCGCUCUCUGACACGGCGGACAAGGCCCUCAGCCUGGUCAUGGCUGCCAUCCUCUUCGUCACCAUGGUGUCCCUGGGGUGCACUAUGGAAAUCUCAAAGAUCAAGGCGCACAUGCGGCGGCCCAAGGGGGUAGGCAUCGCGGCGGCGGCCCAGUAUGGCGUGAUGCCGCUGACGGCCUUCAGCCUGGCCAAGCUGCUGGGCAUGCCCCCCAUGGAGGCGGUGACCCUGCUCAUCUGUGGCUGCUGCCCGGGGGGCAACCUCUCCAACAUCCUCACCCUGGCACUGGACGGGGACAUGAACCUCAGCAUCGUGAUGACGGCGUGCUCCACCCUGCUGGCUCUGGGCAUGAUGCCCCUGCUGCUCUUCCUGUACUGCCAGGGCUUCUCGGGGCUGGAGAACGCCGUGCCCUACGGGGGCAUCUCCCUGGCCCUCCUCAUGACCCUCCUGCCCUGUGCCAUCGGCGUCUACAUCAACCACCGCACGCCACAGUACUCCAAACUCAUCACCAAGAUUGGGCUGAGCAUCAUGCUGCUGGCCAGUGUGGUGAUUGGCGUCUUGGCCAGCAUCACGGUGGGAGAGACCAUCCUGGCCGCCGUCUCCUAUCGCCUCAUCAUCGCCGCAUCGCUGAUGCCCAUCAUUGGCUACACCUUUGGCUACGUGCUGUCAUACCUCUUCAGACUGAAUGCUCCAUGCAGGAGGACCAUUGCCAUGGAGACGGGCUGUCAGAACAUCCAGCUGUGUUCCACCAUCCUGAAAGUGGCCUUCCCUCCGGAGACCAUCGGGCCCCUCUUCCUCUUCCCUGUCGUCUACAUCAUCUUCCAGGUGGCCGAGGCUCUCGUCGUCAUCCUGGCCUUCCGCUGUCACCAGAGGCUGGCCUCGCCAAACAAGAAAGAACAUAUGGAGUACUGUGAGGUGGAAAGCCCUACGACAACAACUGAAAAAUGCCAGUCUCCAUGAGACCUCCGUGGCCCACCUGUGGACCAUGAUAUGGACCCUCUGCUCUGUAGGCAGCUGUGCAGUGAUGGUUAAGAGGUCAGAUCAGAAGGCUGAUCCAGAUUCAGGAAGACUAUACCUUGUACCACAAUACCUCUUCAGUCGCUUUGGAUACACACGUCUGCUAUGGGCACUGCAAUGAAAUGCCUGUGAAUAGA